AUGUUCGUUAAACUAGCAACUAUAAUUCCUCUAUUGUUAAUAAUAGACGUUAGUUGGGGUCUAUAUUUUCAUAUAGCAGAAGGUGAAAGAAAAUGUUUUAUAGAAGAAAUACCGGACGACACGACGGUACUCGUUAAUUACAAGGUGGAGCUGUAUGAUCCCCGGUCAGGUGGUUUCAUGCCUUCAUCGCCUGGUAUUGGUAUGCAUGUUGAGGUUCGAGAACCAAAUGACAGGAUACUUUUGUCAAGAGUUUACUCAUCUGAGGGAAUGAUUUCAUUCACAUCUACAACACCUGGGGAACAUGUCAUUUGUAUGUACUCCAACAGUACAUCAUGGUUUAGUGGAUCUCAGUUGAGGGUGCAUCUAGACAUUCAAGUAGGUGAGCAUGCUGUAGACUAUGCAAAUGUAGCACAAAAGGAUAAGCUCACUGAACUCCAACUUAGAAUUAGGCAGUUACUUGACCAAGUCUAUCAAAUAACUAAAGAACAAAGCUAUCAAAGGCACCGUGAAGAAAGAUUCCGUCAGACUUCAGAGAGCACAAAUCAAAGAGUGCUGUGGUGGAGCUUACUUCAAACAGGUGUCCUUAUGGGGAUUGGAUACUGGCAAAUGCGACACCUUAAGAGUUUCUUUGAGGCUAAGAAAUUAGUGUAA